AUGUAUAUCCGUGAGGACAUACUCAUUGGUAAAGACGGGUUGCACAUGGGCUGGUCCGGAGAUGCGCUUGAAGUAUACACCUGUGAGCAUGCCGUCGCCAUCAAACCAAUGGAAGCCGCGCGGGUUGUCGCGUUGGAUUGGGUUGGUGCCAUUUCGGACAUAUUGGCCGCCCAGGAACUCCUCGGGAAUGGUACCCUCGAAGGAACAGGGUUUGGAGGUAAGUCGGAUGCUGAUGGGGGCGAAGUUUCCUGUUAG